AUGGGAUUCGAUUUCAACAAGGGAUUAGCGUCUUUGCAGACAUCAAUGUCUGAUCUAGGCUCGACUAUUCAGCCAUUCGCGAUGCGGACACGCCAGAUGCUGAACGAGAAACUUGGUAAUGCCGACGAAGUGACUGCUCUUCCUGAAGAGUAUUUGGAGCUGGAGCGCCGGGUUGAUUCUCUCAAGUCGGUCGUGCAGAAGGUGUCUACGGUCACUGGUGUCUACGAGCACGAUGGUUACGACUAUCCGCCCAACUUCAAGGAGUCCUUGACUGAUCUUUCUCGCACCGUGCAGACGCGGGUCAGUGAGGCGGCGAACGCGCAGUCGGCGAGCGACCUGGGCACCAUUUUGUCCGGCGGCCGUGACAGCAAGAAGCCUCCCAAGACCCUGAAUCACGCUAUUGCUCGCUCGUUUGCCUCUGCCAAGGCCGAUCUUGCCGACAGCGUUGCCACGCCUUUGGCGUCCGCUCUGACCAGCCUUUCUGAGACUGAACAGACAAUUGGCGUCGCCCACGUCGAGCAGGACUCCCAGAUCUCCCAGGUGCAUGCUUCGUUGCAGACUGUUGUUGACACUUCCCUUACGUUCGCUGCCAAGGCCCGUAAAAACGUCCACCAGGCCCGUCUUAGUCUGGACGCUGCCAAGUCGGCUUUGAAAACCGCGGCGGCUGAGCAGGUUGCCGACCGCCAAACCGACGUCGAGAAGGCCGAGGACGAGUUUGUUGCUGCAAUUGAGGAUGCUGUCACCGUCAUGAAAAACGUUCUUGAGACCCCGGAGGUUGUGCGUGCUUUGGCUCAGUUUGCAGAGGCCCAACUCGCUUUCCAUAAGCAGGCUGUAGAGCAGCUCGAGUCGGUUGUGCCCGAGCUCGACAAGUUCCGUGAUGAGCAGGAGGCCAGUUACCGUGAGAGCCGUCAGUAG